AUGGCUGCCGCGGGCUGGGCGCCCACCCACGCGCGGGUGACGGUGCUGCGGGCGCGGGGGCUGCGCUCCAAGGCGGCGGGCGGCGGCGGCAGCGACGCGUACGCGGUGAUGGCGCUGGGCCGCGACAAGUUCCGCACGUCGGUGGCCGAGCGGUGCCGGGGGGAGCCGCUGUGGCGGGAGGAGGCCACCUUCGAGCUGCCCCCGCGGCCCGCGCUCCGCCUCACCGUCCUGCACCGCGCCCUCACCGGCGCAGACAAGUUCCUGGGCCGGGCCGAGGUGGACCUGGCGGCGCUGAGGGACGACGGAGGGCGGCGGCACACCAGGUGGUACAAGCUUCGCUCCAAACCGGGCAAGAAGGAAAAGGAGAGAGGGGAGAUCGAGGUGGAUAUCCAGUUCAUGAGGAGCAGCAUGACAGCCAGCAUGUUUGACCUGUCCAUGAAGGACAAGCCUCGCUCUCCCUUUGGGAAGCUCAAAGACAAGCUCAAGGGCAAGAGGAGCAGCGGCCUCUCGGACACGGCGUCGGCGAUCGUGCCCAGCACCACCCACUCGCCCGCUGACAGCGAGGAUGAGGCAGUCGAGAAGGAAAAGAAGAAGUCCAAGUUCAAAGCGCUCUUCUCCAAACCUGGGCUGCAGAAGACCCUGUCCCAGUCCAUGUCAGUCCUGCCCACACAGCAGCCUGUCACCCAGAAGGUUCGGCUUCGGCCCAGCGACUUCCAGCCACAGUGGGAUGAGGAGGAGUCUGAGACCUCUCCAACCUCUGAACGAGCCCUUGGAAAUGCACCGGAAGAGAAGCCAGCUCCUUCUCCUCUGUUUAAAUCUCGUAAAACAGCCCUUUUGGACAGCAGGCAGCUGACCCAAGGAACCACUAACCACACCAAGAAGGAAGGGCUCUCUUUGUUCAGUGGCCUGAAAUCCAAAAGCGAUCCCGUUUCCAAGUCUAGCCUAUGCAUCAACGGCAGUCACGUUUAUAUGGAAGAGACCACGACAAAGGACAACACCCCGACCUCCUCCCCCUCUCCUCUCAACUUCAGGAGGAAGCAGCUCUUCGCUUCAGAGGAGAACCUGUAUUCCAGGUCCACCAAAACACCUGAAGAGACAGGAAGAACCUCUCCUAGUCAGGCUUUCUCUGGGUCCACGUCCUUGGAGACCUUCAAAUCCAUGACUCUGCCGUCGUACAAACUGCUGAGCAGCGAGGAGCACCUGGACACCAGCGUUCCCCCGAGCACCGAGGCUGGGAGGGAGACCAAAAAGCCAGACCACAAAAAGUCUGCCUUGCUCUCCCUGGUCACUGGGAAGAAGGAGGCGGGGAAGGCCGGAGACGCUGAGAAUAUUCCCGACAGGACCCUGCAGAGCGAGGAGAACAAAAUUCCCGAAGAGAGCAGUGAGGAGGAGGCCAAAUGUGUUGAACCUCCAGCAGAUCUGGGCAGAGGGGACCCAUCAGGAGACACUCAGAGCACAGAAGACACCACUGCAAACAAGCAGGCGCUCGGCCCUGGUGAGGAGGAACGGAAACCUGAAAAAGCUGCUGCCCCGGCCAAGACCAAAGCUGUGAAGCCCACGGUGAAGCCCAGACUGGGCCUGUCUCCAGAGGAGGAACCCAAAGCCACGCUUCCUACUCUUGCACCUGACCCCCUCCCUGCUUUUCUUUCUGUGCACCAUAUCAGCAGUGCCAAUAACCCUUUUGUUUCUCAAAGGGGGCAGAAGGUCCAAGUGCCAGACUCUGAAAACAUCACUAGUUCUUCUGCCUCUCUCACUUCUCCUGCUUUUGCUGCAGAGCUUUGGAAUGGCAAGAACCCCUUUACUCCCAAGUGGGACAGGGCAUCCACAGCCCUGGAUCCUGAUGGGAUUGCCCCUUUCCCUUCAUCCCAUCAUCUUCCAGCCCCUGUUCCCAAAGCACCUCUUCCUGGGCAGGUCUCUGCCAGGGGUAAUAAUCCCUUUGCUGCUGACUGGGGGCAGGGUCCUGAGAACUCUGCUGUGGGGGCUUCCCGGGGUCUGUCUGUCCCACCCACACCUUCCCUCCCCUCUGAUUGUCACUUCAAAGACAACAAUCCCUUCGUGUCCAAGCGUGGGGGGCAGUCAGGUGUGCCAGCUUUCCAAAGUGCCGCUGGUUCUUCCCCUUCCUGCCUUCCUCGUGGUGGGGACUGUUCCUCAGCAGGACACCCUGCUCACGAUGCUUCAGGGGGCUCUGCAGGUGUGGCUGUAACUAGUGAUGUCACAGCUGGGCCAGACCCUCUUGGCACCUUGUCUGAUCUCCCUUCUGACCCUCCUGGGCUGGCUCAGCAGCAGCACUGCGAUUCUCCCCAGCUUCACGCUGAGGAUUCUUUGGAAAGCUGCAAGCCAGGCAGUGGGGAAUCCGUGUUCUUUGUCCUGGGUGGAUUGCAGGGUGUUAGAGCAGGUGGUGCAGGUCUGGGAGGGCAGGAAGGUGGAGAGCAGCACUCUGAUUCCAGCGGGGGGUUGGGUCCAGGGACAGCAGAGGGGCGAGCAGGGUUGGCUGGUGAGCUGGGAGCAGAGCUCUGCAGGGACAGCACAAGGUCCCCCCGGAGCAGCAAACCCACUGUGGAGGUCACUGGUGCAAACGCUGAGCCCUGCAGGGGUGACACAGGCUGGGCAUCUCUCUCCAAGGCUGGUGACAGCGAGCCCAGGGAGGAGCAGGAGGUCUGUGCUGGAGAGCAGUGGGCACAACGUGCACCCCCCUUAGAGCCACAGGCAGCUCCACUGGCUAGAAAUUACUCAAUUCCCCAGGUCAAACCAGCCCUGGGAGCCUGCUCAGUGUCCCCUUGGGAAGCAGAUGCAGAGAGGGAUGGCAGUGAGGUCCUUGUCCCACCAAAGCCAGCCCCACGGAGGGCUGUGGCACUGAGGAAGUGCCCACCGGUUUCCCAGGCUGAGUUAAAGGGUGGUGAUGGUGUAAAAUCCAUGCCUGGGCUCCUGUUACCUGCUGGUGAAGCCUCAGCUGCUCGUGGGUGCCUCCCCCACAGUGGCUCCUCGGAGACUGUCCCUCCUCCAGUGACACCUGGAGGUGACAGGCCUUUAAAAAACGAAGAUGAUUAUGAUUUAUCUGCUGGUCUCACGAGUCUCCAGGCUGCCAUUCCCGUUCCUGGAGACCGCUGCUCCAAGGUGGCCAGUCUGCCCGUGAUCCUGGAGGGGGGCUCCGAUGACGAGCUGCUGGGGGACUGCCAGGAGAGCUGUGGGGUCACUGUGGGUGAUGAAGGUGUUCCAGGGACUGGAGAGCAGCCCCAGGGUCUGACCCCUUUGCAGGGAGAGCUCUCGGAGAGCUCUGCUGCAGCCCCCAUGACCCUGGCUGCUCCAGGAGGAGAAGGAGGAGGAGUUCCCGCUGCUUGGAAGCCAGGCAGAUCACCCGUGCUGCCUGCUGGAAUGGGUGCUCCCAGGGUCGGUAUCCAGGGAGCUGACUCAGCCUUAGGUGUGACGUCUCAUUCUGGGGAGUGCAACAGUCAUUCUGAGAAACAAGAGCUGGGAACCAGUGCAGGUGCUGAGGAGCCUGCAGAGCGUGACCUCUCUGAGCCUUCUGCUUCCUCUUCCUCCCUCUCAAGUCCUUGCCACCCUUCCUCUUCCUCUCACUCCCUUCUCUCUGACACCCCGAGUCGUAGAGCAGAGUCUCCGAAAAAGCCAACAGCCGAGGGCUUCGCAGAUAAAGCGGGAAAUUCGGGCAAGAAGAGGCUUCUCCAGGCACGGGUUUCACCCUCUGAAACGUUCCCUAACCAAACCCCGCGGGGUGGGGAAACCGUGUCUCCUAAGCACAGACUCCAUCCUGUGAAGCCCAUGAAUGCCAUGGCAAACAAGACUCAGAGUAAAAACCUGAAUGUCAUCAGCACCAUGAACGAAAAGCUGCUGGAGAUGAGUGUGAAGAAAUACGACCCUUCAGACCCUGCCUACGCCUACGCCCAGCUGACACACGACGAGCUGAUCCAGCUGGUGCUCAAACAGAAGGACACCAUUACCAGGAAGGACCUGCAGGUGCGGGAGCUCGAGGACUACAUCGACAACCUGCUCGUCAGGGUGAUGGAAGAGACCCCCAACAUCCUCCGUGUUUCCGUGUCUGGGAACAGAAAGGCUGGGAAGAUGUGAAGGGUCUGGGCGUGCUGGAGGAGAAGGACUGAGUUCCUCCCAGAGCAGCUGGUGUGGAGCAGGUUGUGCUGCCCCUGGAAAAUGACCUGUUUCCUGUUUCUGCCUUGAGCAACUCUCGGGUUGAUUAGUAGUUCCAUCUCAGCUCUUGUAAUGGAGUCACCUUAUCAUAUUUAUUUUUUUUUGUUUUCUUCCCACUGUCUGGGAAGACCAGGCAUUAAUCCAAAGGCUGGUUGUGAUGGAAAGGAGGAGGGUUUUUGAUGUGUUUUGCUUCCCAGCAAGGCACUGAUGAUCCUUUAGGAAGAUUUUUUUUUUUUUUAUAAUGGUUUUGUUUUGUAGCAGCUCUGAUAGAUCAGUUACUCUUCUUUCCGUAUCUGAAGUUGUAGUGCAAUAUGAAGCCCUGUACAGUAGAGCUUGAAGAUUUGAUUGUUUUUAAAAUAAUAAUUACACUGGAGAAGUCCAAAGAUGCCCCAGCUUCAGACCUGAGCUGUAAUUUAAAAGGAAUUAAUGCCCUGAAAGUUGAACCUAAGUUAAAAGAUUGGAAAGGAAGAAGCAAAUCUCAGUUCAUCUCAUCAAGUGGAUGUUGUUCCAAAGAGCUCUCCAAGGGGAAGUUGGCAGGUUUUUUUGGUGUAGGAGACGCUGAUGUUCACGGUACAUCUCUACCAUAGGAAUGGCAGCAAUGGAUUUGGACCAAAGGUGCAUUUUAAAUCAGUGGAGGCAGGGCUGUUCUGCCCACCCCACAGCAGGAGCAGCUCAGUGCUGCUGAGCAGCCACCACAACCUCCUCCUCCUCCUCUGAAAACUAAAUGUGGCUUUUUUUCUCUUUUUUUUUUCCUCUUUUUAAAGCGAGCUCUUGUCAAAGAUCAAAAACAAAAAACCAAAAUCAGAUGCCUCUUUGCACCUCUGGGAUUUACCAGGGCUGGGAGAGUCCAUAAAAGGCUUGGAAGGAAUUUGGAAUACAGAGUGAGGAGCAGAGGACCAGAGCUUCAUGAGGACCAAAGCUUCAAGUUUCCAGCCUUAAUUCUGUGGAAGUAAACACUCCCACCUUUGGAAGCUGUUGGGUUAUUGGCUCUCACCCCUGGUUGGGGUUGGGUUAUUGGCUCUCACCCCUGCCUCAGGGGUGAGUUUCUAACUCAGUUUUUCUACAGCAAAGCACUUUAUUGAGGGACUGGACCAGCUGGCUGGGCUCUCACCCUGUGAGCAGUCUGCCUGCAGUUGUCAGAAACCACUGGAAACCACUGGAGAUCUCGAAUACUGUAUUUUUGUAACAAAGAGCAGUUUAAUAUAUAUUUGCCUGGAGAUGUAAACAUUUAUUAGGAAAAUCAAAAAAAAGUGCUGUUAAUGACAUUUUUCUUCCUCUAAACUGACCUGCUACCAAAGUCUGGAGCUUCUCUGGCAGAGCUGCCCCUCAGGGGGAGCUCAACCUGAAACAAGCCUUAAGUUCAAGAGUCUUCCAAGACUUCAGGUACUUCUUUUUCCUCAUUUUAGUGUUAUUUGAGCAGUGGGGGGGGAUUCUCUCUGUUCUCCUGUACUCUCUGCUGUGAAUGAAGGGUCCCCAAUGCAGGCAGGGGGGUGGUUUAAUCCUGAGUGGUGCUGGUCGGCCUUGCUGAAACUGCUGCUGCUUCUCGUGCCUUCUCGAGUGAGGAAGAUGAAGGACUGAUUUGUUUCCUCCUUGUGCCUCUGUGGAUCUCUGGAAGAGAGGAUCCUGUGCCUCACUGACAGACGUGGAUUUUAGACUUUUAUUCCUCGGCGUUUCUGAGCUGGGUCGGAAAGGAGAGCCCCUUUGUGCCUUGGGGCGGUGACUUACCGGGGUCAGACACCCAGCCUGGUGUCACUGGUUGUGACUGGGCACAGGGGAGCAGGACUGGGCUUGUUCUGGAACGUUCUGGGUACGGCAGUCGCUGGCGGCACCUCGGGGUGAGGGGAUCUCGCGGAUCCUGGGGUGUGUGCAUUCCAGGACGUGCAUCCCAGCCUUGCCUGCACAGAAACCAAAGCAAUAACAGGUGCUCUGAGCACAGGUGAAGCCUUAAAAACUUGUAACAUCCUCCCCUGGCUUGCUUUUUUGGCUGGUCACAGCUGUGUCCGUGGAGGGGACCCCGAGCUGUGCCUGCCUGGGUGGCUGGAGCCUCUUCCAGAGCAGACCCAGCACUGUGUGGGGUCACAGCCCUCGACUUCCACAGCCUUGGACCUCGUUUUUAUUGGCAAUGCUCGUUAAAACCUUCCUUCGGUGUGAGGGGGACUGGCAUUUUUAUUUCCUUUAAGGGCCUUGAGAAUCAAACUUACUGUUUUAUUAUUAUUAUUGAAGGAUCUGAAUGUAUUUCUCCUGUUUGUACUCUCUCUGCUUUUUAGCCCGAGGUACUGUUUUGUUUUUAAACACCUUUUUUUUUUGUUUGUUUGUUUUCAUGGAACACUAAAAAUAAAAAAACCACCUUAAGCCCAGCGUUCUGUGUACCCUGUUCCCAGCUGUUGCUUUUAUUCUGGAAGAGCGGGAUGGGAAGGGAUGAUCCUGCCCUUGUG